AUGUGUCUGCGCCUUGGCAGCUUGAGUGUGGGUGACUUCCGGAAGGUGCUGAUGAAGACAGGGCUGGUGCUGGUGGUGCUGGGCCACAUGAGCUUCAUCGUGGCUGCCCUGCUCCAUGGCACUGUGCUGCGCUACGUGGCUGCCCCCCAGAACGCUGUGGCUCUGCAGUACUGCGUGGUCAACAUCCUCUCAGUCACCGCGGCUAUCGUGGUCAUCACCUCAGGCAUCACCACCGUUGUGUUGUCACGCUACCUCCCCAGCAUCCCCCUGCGCUGGACAGUGUUCAGCUCAAGCAUAGCCUGUGCCCUCCUCUCACUGACCUGUGCCCUUGGCCUCUUGGCCUCGAUCGCCGUGACCUUUGCCACCCAGGGCCGGGCAUUGCUGGCCACCUGCACCUUUGGGAGUCCUGAACUUCUGGCGCUCGUACCCGACUGUCCCUUUGACCCCACACGUGUUUACAGCUCCAGCCUGUGCCUCUGGGGAAUUGCACUGGUGUUCUGCGUGGCAGAGGGUGUGUUUGCUGUACGCUGUGCCCAGCUUGCCCAUCAGCUGCUGGAACUGAGGCCCUGGUGGGGGAAAAGCAGCCACCACCUGAUACUGGAGAGCCCAGAACCCACGGAUGGCCACAACCUGCUGAGCUGCACUAGCGCAGAGCCGCUGACCCUCUGA